AUGAACAAUAUCUACUAUUUUGUGCACAAGAAACAAAAAAGGGUGAAAGAAGUGGCUAUCUCAUGUCAGAAGCUGCAAAACGAAUUUCAUGAGCACAGCAUAGUUGAAGUGACUACCGAAAAGCCGAAGAAGAAAAAGGGUAAAGGCAGAAAGAAAAAGAAAAAGAAGCUUGAACAACAGUCCUCUACCUCCGCACCAACCACUGUAUCAACGACAAAAAAGCGGAAAGGUCACAGGAAGAAACACAAGGAUAAAAAUGCUAUAGGCACCGAACAAACCAAGAGUCCUCGGCAUCUAUUCUCUCCUCCGGGUGUACCUCAUUUCACUACACCUCGUCCUCAUCAGAGCAGUUUUUUGCAUGGGGUCAUCGACCCAAAGGAUCCGCAGUUCUCUAAUAGA